AUGGUUGGCUUCAGUAAUGAUCGCUUUCCCGAACUGCCUGUUAUUAAGAGUUUAGCCGAAGAGAUGACGUGUGGUAUAUGUCAUCAGAUUUAUGAUAAUCCGGUGGAAACUUAUUGCAAACACACGUAUUGUUGUAAAUGUAUCAAAAAAUGGAUCAGAAAACUAGGCAAGAAGUCAUGUCCCAAAUGUAACAAAUCGUUGACCACUCGGAAGAGGACUCAGAGCACUGACAAAAACCACAAUAUUGUGGUCAUUGAUAAUGUAUUGGUGGACAAGAAUCUCAAAGUGUAUGCAAUGGUCGGCAAAUUGUUGAUCAAAUGUGACUUCGAGGCCGAAGGGUGUCCUAAUGUGUGUCCAUUGGAAUUAUUGCCCAAACAUCUAAAAACAUUUGCAUUCAGGAAAUGUAAGACAUGUGGUCAGUCUACUAAUAAUCAGUCAAUGGACGUGAAAAAAGAAUUAAUUGAAUCGAAAGACAGUUACAAAAGUCUGGAAAAUGAGAAGAAAUUAUUGACACAAAUGAAUAGACAAUUGGAGACAAAAUUGAAGGAAUCAGAGGAAAAGAUCGUAAAUUUGGAGUCGAAAUUGAUUGAUUCAAACCGGGGAUCAAAUGAAGUGACAAACGAAGACAAGACGCAGACGGCAGACAUGACAGCAGCCAAUGAUCAACAGUUUUGCAUCGAUUGCAGUGACGACGAGAACUACGACAACAACGACAGCAAUGAUCGUGUGGUCGACGGGAAGAGGGUUUGGGAGCCCUCGGGAACAGACAUCUCAAGACUGUAUCGCGAAUUGGAGGCCAAAGGCUUCAUAGAGUUGCGUUGGCUCUGCCCCGGGAGGCGCUCACCAUCUGUUCAUAAUCUCGGCAUUACUCCUAAACCAGAGCCGAGUGACGGACCCGUCAGCGACACGAAGAGUGAUCUCAUGAAUGAGUUUGACUUCGAGGCCGACUUCAAUGGCGACCAACCCGUGCCCGCCAUCGGCGCCAAAGCGGGCGCUCAACCCAAACGACGCGCACCCGGGCCUGAGAAACAAUGCCCUAAGAAGCAAACAAACCUGAAUAAAGUGAUGGCAGACAUCAAGAAGUAUCAGUUCAUCGAUCAUACAAAGAGACUGACCAUUCAGACGACAACCACUGCUCCCGUCCCCACUCCUACACCCACUUUCACACCCACUCCCACACCGCCCACAACAACGCCGAUGACAUCGUUGCCAUCGACACCGGUCUCACUGCCCACACCCACAGCACCGGCGCCCUCAACGCCAACCACCGCUUCCUCACCCGUCACACCAUUACUGGUCUCAACCGCUCAGUCAAUACUGACCACCACUACUACCGCUGACUCUUUAUUGCCGUCAACCGUAACGAUGUCCGUAACGCCGGUCACCACUACUUCCACUCCAAUUCAGUCAUUAUCUGCCGUUAGAAGUGAUUCGCCGACAGAUAUAUUGUAGAAAUAAUCGUAUUUUAUAUUAAAUUAUUUUAUAAUAUCAAAUCUCUCUCUCUCUCUCUCUCUCUCUCUCUCUCUCUCAUUCACGCAU